GCUGUUUUUCAUGUUACUGUAAAGCGGGAGCUGACAACAAGCACAGCAUUUUAGAAAUGAGCGAGACAAGUGAAGAUCUGCUUAUCAUCUACGAGACAGAGGCAAAGCAAUGGGCUACCUACCUACAGUCAGUUUUCACUGGCCCAAUCUCAGAGGCAGGGAUCUGCUGCUAUGAUGUUGGUACAUUGUCCAGUCGCAGGGAGGACUUUAUCAGAAUGUCCCGCUACACGUGCAAGCUUCUGAUCUUUUCCAAGGGCAUGCUGGAGGGGCUCUGCCAGUUGCGACGCUUCUUCCUUUCCCGUGUGUUGAAUCCUUCAGCUAAUGUCGUGGUACUGCUGUGCGGGGUGGACAGCCUGACCCCUCUGUUGGAGGUGAUCCCCCUGAACGGGAACGAGUGCCUGCAGAUCUCCAGUGAACAAGAGGCUCCCGAGUAUCUGUCUGCUGUGGCUGAGAUUGUGGGGAAAGGUGCAUUGGCAACAGGGUCAAAUGUCAAGCCACCGACACAGAAACCAAUGGAAUCACAGGAAAAGGCUCUGCCAGGGCAUUCCUCUACAGCUGAAAGGGACAGAGCUAACGUUGUGGUCAUUCCCUCAAGGAUUCCCUGUGGGAGCUCCACAGAUGUGUUUGUUCUUUUGAAAGAUGAAGCGGCGUGCUGCGACUGUGAGGUUGAGUUCAGUGUUGACAAUAAGAGCAUAAGAGAGAGGUCGGUCCUCUGGAAUGAGCGGAUCCUCUGUGUCAGGGCACCAGAUUUUCCAGCAGGGAAUGUGCAGGUGACUGUCUAUAAUGGUGGGAAACCACUGAGCAACACAACCUUGCAGUACUACACGUGCGUGGAGGAACUUGCUUGCCUUCUGUCAAAGGUGGCAGAACCUGUAGAGUUCAUGUGUCAGGCUCUUCAGGUUUCCUCUAUGGACAAGCUGGAUCAGAAGUUGUCCUCCAUGCUGCUGGAGGGCAUGCCCACAGGAGGUUUUCAGGGACUGAAGAGUGAAACCACACAUGAAAGAGAACGCCACCAUGCAGACGUACCCUCGCUUCUCCACUUCACUGCUCAGUAUGGAUUCCGAAGUCUCUCCGGCCUCCUUCUGCAGUGUCCUGGUGCCGAACAUGCCCUGCGCACAGCCAAUCGCCACGGCCAGUCUCCAGCUGAGAUUGCCAGGAGUCACGGCCAUAUGGAGCUACACACCUUAUUGGAAGAGACAAUGAAAAUGUUCAACUCAGCCGAGGACAAUGGCGAUUCUGAUGUGUACGAAAUGAUGUGCAACGCAGGGACUCUUUCCACAGCCGGUGAAUGGAAACAGCAGCAUGGUGAGGGCAAAGAGGGGGAGGAUGAGGAUCUCUACGCACCACUGCAGGUGAAAGAUGAACAUGGAAGCUUCCUGAAACCAGCAAAAGCGAUGGAUCUCGCCAAUCGCCCACCGGCCCCUACUCCCCGCCCUGAGGGCAUCUCGGUAAAAGAGAGCAAAACCCCCUAUAUUGCCCAAGUGUUUCAAAAGAAGAAGACACAACAGGGAGAGUCUGAUCUGUAUUCACUUCCCACAAAACAAGCACGUGAACAGAAAAGCAGCUUCUCUUCCACCUAUGACACCUUCGUACCAAACCAAAUGCAAGGGCUUCAUGGGCUCAUUGAGAUCGAGAAGAGGGCGAAGGCAGCUUUUCUCACUGUGGACAGGGCUGAGAACUUCAGCGGCUGUCAGAGGCUUCUGAAGCCCAAGGAGGAGGAGAAGCUGAAUUACCGGAGAGCCAGUUUUCCCUGUGACAUAGAGGACACCGACAGUGUUUAUGAUAAAAUCAGCACUGCUAAACACACAUCAAGUCAGAGAGGAUGCCAGUCAAAGGAAAGUGACUUUUACAGCAGGUCCCUCAAAGGACAGCAGAAAUGCCGGAGAACCAGCAAACGAUAAUCACAGCAUAUCAGCUUCUCCAUAAAAGCUGUUUCGAAAUGGUGGAAUAAUGUUUUCUGGGCUUCUAAAUCAUUCCAAGACUAUAACUGAGUUUAAAAUUUGUGUGAAACUAUCUGGUACAUUUUAUAUGCAGAUUUCUAGACAUGAUUUGUGGUGCUUUAGGGAACUGAAAAAUGCCUGCAUGUGAGUAGCUUUAUUCGAAAUAUAGUGGUGUGGACAUUUACGGAAAUUUGAUUUUUUUUUAACCUAAAGAUGCACAACAAUGGCAUUUUAAAACCAGUGGAUAAAUAUCUCAGAUUACAGAUUGUGAAACAGGUUUUAUGUUAGUUGUGAAAUAGUAGUGGAUGAACUUUAAUCAAGUUGUGUGCCAAUAUUUGUUUCUCUGAAAAGCCUAUUAUUUUUUUUGCUAUUUCUUUUAUACUGUUACUAUUCCACAUUUUUUAGCUGUUGCCAAAGGAAAUAAAAACUCUACAUAAUUAUAUUAGAACCAAUCUGAUUUUUGUGACCAGUUGUGUCUUAGCUUUUCCUUAGUUAGUUCCUGUAAAGUCAUAGACUGAUAUUGUUGCGUUUACUUCAUGUGUAAAUGAUAAUAUCCUGGCUGUUUGUAAUCUUAUUAUUUUUAUCAAUUAAACUUACGCAGUAAAUUCUAGUUGCUGUCUCCCAGUGUUGAGCUAAUCUACGGUAGAUGUAACUCAUUUAUUUAACAUGAAGUUGAAAAACCUGAAGACAAUUACUGAAUCCUCCCGCUAGAGGGCACCAUAUCGCUUACUAUCCCCCUGGCACCGUCCCUGUGACGCAGCAGAGCCAUCUGGUGAGCACAGGAGCACCUGCUGACCUCCCGUUGGCUGCAAGGCAAAGUAUGGAAAAUCCUAUCCAUACAUGUUUAUGAAUGUAAAUAGCAAGUAAAAACUCAUGCAGAGGGUGAGAACAUCGAUGGAGCACCUCUUGCUGUGUCUGGUUGCAAACAGGAAGCAUGUGUUCAGUUGUGGUCUGCUUGAGCCAAG